AUAUUGCAGCCAUCAAUCUUUCAUCUUCCUUCAGUUGCAAAGUCCCCGUAGGCAUCAACUGUGCACCUCACAGCCUAGCUUCACCUGAAAAUGUUUCAACUGACUAAUUGUUUUAUCGGGUUGGGCUGUGGACUUGUCUGUGCACAGCUGUCUUGAUGGUCAGAAUUGACUUAGGAGGGCACGGCCUACUGUGUGUGUCGCUUUCAGUUUCUCAGCCUGUGAUUUAAGAAAGCUAGCUGAGCUUGGACCUGUGUGAGCCACAGAGUAGGAGUAAGGUGGCAAGCAGACUCCCCGAGGUUUCGGUAAGUUCCUGCUCUGGCCCCCCUCACGGAUGGAUGGAAUGGACCGGACCGCGGCCUGGAAAUGUAGACACGAUCUGCUGCCUCGCGUUCCUACUGACUUACGUUCCUGCUAGGGUGGACGGUAUCCCUGUGAACUUUGUCAAAAUGACUGAACCACCACAAAAGAACAACUCCACUCAAGAGGAGUGCACCAACCACACGUUUCCAGAGAAAAGCAGUCAGAUUGGACAGAAGCAACUGCAACAGAUAGAACGACAGCUCAAGUGCUUGGCUUUUCAAAACCCUGGGCCGCUGGUGGCAGAUUUUAACCCUGAGACGAGGCAGCAGAAAAAGAAAGCGAGGAUGUCGAAGAUGAAUGAAUAUUUUUCUGUGAAGUACAAGGUGUUGAAGAAGUACGACAAAAGCGGCAGGCUGAUCUGUAACGACAUGGACCUGUGCGACUGCCUGGAGAAGAACUGCCUGGGAUGCUUCUACCCGUGCCCCAAGUGCAACUCCAACAAAUGUGGGCCUGAGUGCCGGUGCAACCGGCGCUGGGUCUAUGAUGCCAUCGUCACCGAGUCCGGCGAGGUCAUCAGCACCCUGCCAUUUAACGUUCCUGACUAGGAGAUUUUAUGCAUACUCAGUCUCUGUCUGUCUGUCUGUCUCUCUCUCUCUCUCUCUCUCUGCCUGCAUACACGCAUGUGUGUGAGGGUGUACAUUUGUUUGUUUUGAGCUGGUCUUAUUCUGUAGCUCAGGCUGGCCUUGAACUUAAGGCAAUCCUCCUCCUUCAGCUUCCCGAGUUGUAUUAAUUUAGGUAUAGCACUACAUCAUGCCUGGCUUCUGUUUCUUAUACAUACAUGCAUACGUACAAACAUAACAUUCACAAAUGUAUGUAUGGCCAUAUAUAGAAUAUAUUUUAUAUAUGUACACUUUUAAGUCAAACUUCUUUCUUUUGGAUGAGUGUUAGUGUUUGGGCAAAAUAUUCUCUCAAGCUACAGAUGGAUGUAGAAUGGACAGUAAUUGUGUGGAGCCUCUUAGGUUCCUCAGCGGGUGACCAAAGGCUGCCAGAGUGGACGGUCAGACCCCUCAUUAGCUGCACUCUCCACUCUGCCUUGAAGUCACACUGCCCCUUCUCAGGGUGUCUGGUUGAGAACAUCAUAAUUUUAAGAUUUGCAGAACUCUGCAUUUGAAAGCUGUUCCCUAGAACAUACAACCAAAUGUAUGUUUUUCUUAGAAUGUCAUAUGUUACUAAGGAAAGCCAACUUGUGCCUUUGUACAGUAUAUCUUUAGUCUUAUUUUUUUUUAUAUUUUGAUGUUAAAGUUAAAUUUGGUAAUUACAAUAUUUUUAUUACCAAACAUUUACAUUGCACUAAAUUAUAUAUCAGUUUACUAAGUUGAGAAGCAAAGACUUGAAUAGCUAGCUGUCAGUGAUUAACACGUUUCCUUACACAUCAGUAUUUUUGGUUUUUGUGUUUUUUAAAGGCAGUUAGCCUUCAGCGGUACUCCGAGUGGCUUGUAUGUUUCCUAGUUGCAUGUAUGUAUGAGCAGCUGACAUAAAGCAUGAUGUGGUUGUCUCCAUUCCGACAUACGGCAGCAGGAGUCUGGAAAGUUGAAUUCAGCCUUCUAGGAACAAAUUUCUUUGUGCUCGUGUGUGUCUUUGUGUGAGUUCUUGCACAUCGCUGAAGGUGCCUGCAGGUGCCAGAGAUGUUGGCUGCGUCAUUGGAGCUCGAGUCACUGGCUUUUAUGGACCCCUUGAAAUCAGUGCUGGGCGCCACCAAUCCUGGGUCCUUGGCAAACAGCAGUAUGGCUUCUAAAUGUCUGAAGCAUCUCUCCAACACCAAAAUUACUAAUUUUCCUCAUCUUGAGUCAGAGUUUCUCUUAUGCUCAUUGGAGUGCUCCCGAAUCCUCAGUUACUAACUUAAGAUGUGUAUUAUGACUCAGUUUACAUUUGAAACAUUCUCUGAUGAUGCUGAUGUCACAGGCCCGGGGGCCAUGUCUGAAAAGCACUUCUUUAAGUUACAUUAGCUGUGUAAUGCAAGGAAGUGUAUAGACAGUGGAACUUAGUGACUUGCUACUAUUUUAAACCACCAAGAAUCUUGUUUUAAAUAAAUGUGAAGUGUUGAAAGCUG